GCCCCCGCCCCGCAGCGCCUCCUCCACGCCCCGCCCCCAGGCUCCCAGCGCAGCGGGGUGGUAACACCUGCCCCGGGAAGGGAGGGGGUGAGGAGCGCCGGAAACGCGUGUCUGGAGGACGGGGACCCGCCUCCGACCGCCUCUAGACUGUGGGGCUUUUUAAGGCCAGUCCUCUCCGCCGCCAACCCCGGCGGGGAAAACGUAGCGCGCAUGCGGCGCCGGGCACCCUCCAGAGAGUCUCAGCAGAAGCGUGGUUAGACAAAAUGGCCCUGGUGCCCUAUGAGGAGACCAGGGGAAUGGGGCUCCAGAAAUUCCACCAGCCUCUUGCCACUUUCUCCUUUGCAAACCACACGAUCCAAAUCCGGCAGGACUGGAGGCAGCUUGGAGUCGCAGCAGUUGUUUGGGAUGCGGCUGUUGUCCUUUCCACGUUUCUGGAGAUGGGUGCUGUGGAGCUCAGGGACUGCUCUGCCGUGGAGCUGGGUGCUGGCACAGGGCUGGUGGGCAUAGUAGCUGCCCUGCUGGGUGCUCAUGUGACUAUCACGGAUCGAAAAGUAGCACUAGAAUUUCUUAAAUCCAAUGUUCAAGCCAACUUACCUCCCCAUAUCCAACCCAAAGCUGUUGUUAAGGAGCUGACUUGGGGACACAAUUUGGGGAAUUUUUCACCUGGAGAAUUUGACCUGAUACUUGGAGCUGACAUCAUAUAUUUAGAAGAGACAUUCACAGAUCUUCUUCAAACACUGGAACAUCUCUCUAGCAACCACUCAGUGAUACUUUUAGCUUGCCGAAUUCGCUAUGAACGAGAUAACAACUUCUUAGUGAUGCUGGAGAAGCGAUUUACUGUGAGUAAGGCUCACUAUGAUCCUGAAAAAGAUGUACAUAUUUACAAAGCACAGAAAAGAAACCCACGGGAUGACUUAUAGUUGGCUACGCUUAUAAGAAUAUUGUCAUUGAGUGUGUCAGUUAAGGUCUUAGACUGGGAAUCUAACCAUACUUAAAUGAAAUGGUUGUUGUACACAUCUCUCUAACCAAAGGUUGUCAAGGGACAAAGCACAUAAGCAGUGUUUUGUUCUAUUGCUGUGAGUUUAGUCCUAUCUUACUCUGAAAUUCCAUCAACAUUAAAGGAGAGUGUGAGAUUGUCAUUUAUGCUGUUUCUGUCUCCUGCAUUGCUCCCUCUUGGUGAAGGGCUGGUAUAAAGGUGACUUUAAACCAGCUGAGUUGUUUUUGGCAAGGUUAAAUCAUGUAGCUUAUUUUAAACACAUUUGGAGAUUCAUAAUGUUUAUUCUAGUUUUGUAAUUUUUUGAGGUUUAACAUACAUUUCCUGGACUAUUGUUGCUGUUGAAAUCUUGUCCAUUUAGAUUCUAAGCACUUUUUUGUCUGUUUGAAAUUAAGUUGUGAGUUUUCUGCGUGGUCUCAUAUCUUGCUUUUUAGUUUAGUUUCAGGCUUAGGAGUGUAAACAAAGGAAUAAAUAAAAAUAAAAUCUUAUUUAUUUUUUGGAAGUACCUAAAGUCUUGAAAAAUGUGGAGAAGUUGUCUUCUCCGAAUUGAAAGCUGUGGCUCCCCUUCACCUUUGCCAUUUCUCAUGCUUUUGUUUAUUUAUUUCCUAAGCUUUCCCUUUUCCUUGUGCUCUUAUAAUGCAUAGGAUGAAAGGUUAAAAGAAAAAAAAGUUUUAAAUCUCAUCCCUCCACAAGAAGGUAGCUUCUGUCUUGUACCUGCAAUUGCUCAUUCAAUGAGUAUUCCCUGCAAGGUGACAGCUUCUGGAGGGUCAGAAAUAUUUCUGCUUCUUUCAUUGUUGCUUCCUCAGUAUCUAGUAUGUCACAGCCAAAUUAAGAGUAUUGAUCUUUGGAUUAUGUGUUUGCUACAUUUGUUUUAUGAUUAUCUUUGAUAGACUUUAUGGAUGAAGUCACCAUACAUGAACUUUUGGCUUAAACAAAUUUAGACCACAAGACUAUUAUAAUCUCAAUAUGGUAUUUGGCACCGGAGGUAAAUUCAUUUUACAAAAUAUUAUCAAUCAGACCUCCUUCUUUUUAACCUUUUGAUGAAUAUUUAGAUAUGAAAAUACCCAAGAAUAUAUUAGUAUCUACAUAUAUUUAAAAUAAAGAUUUUGCUUUAAUAAAAGUGAAUUCAAAGUUGUGGGUAUUCUGUGAUAUACCAGUUCAACACAAUUCUGAUAAAUACACAUGAAUAAAAAUGUCCUAGCUCACUGAGUCUAUAAGAUGCUAACAUACCAUGAACAGGGAUGCUCUCAUUAAACAAAUUUAAAGCCUGGCAAUAUCACCAAUACUAUAAUGAAAACCCAAUCUCAUUUAGGUUUGAUAUUAGAAAUGAAUAUAUUGCAGUUCAGUUCCUUUAAGCUCUUUGGCAUUGGAGGUAGGUAUUACAGUGGUAGGGGUAGGGAGCUUCAGGAAGUCCAUACAUUCCCUGGACUAUUAAUGCUGUAUCAGAAAGGUACUUGGAUGCUGUCCUAAGUGAGAAAGUGAGGUAAGAUGUCAUUGAAUUAUAUAUUACAUUUUCAUAAAAUAUUAACAUGAGAAUCAGAAAAGGUUGAAAAAUCCCCUAACCUGCUCUACAAAGAGAACAUGGAAGAAAAAAAAAUCAGCAGGAAUAGUUUGAUUGUCUGAGUGAAAAUCAAGUGACUUUUCUUGGCUUUGGGUUUGAAAUGUCAUUGUAGGACAGGUUCCUUGGGGAAACAGACUGAGAGAUGGAGAUUAGGCUGUAGAAAGUUUAAAUGGGAAGGCUCCCAAGAUAAAGAAGCCAUGAUUGGGAUAGAGGGAGCAUUUGGGCUGUGAUGCAGUCAGGAAAGUCCUUAGCUCCUUCUUCAGAGCUGCAGUAGCCCUGCAGUUAGACCAUAUUGAGGCAAGGUGAUGGGCCUUCAUGCCCUAGUGUGGAUUAGUUUGAAUGGAAGGGGUACAACCCUGGGCUAAAGACAGUACUACUAGAGGGACAAAGUUGAGCCAUCAGCCACCAACAUCCCAAAAAGCCAGGGAAAUGAGUCCUUUAGAGGUAUAUGUAGGAAUGGAGGGAGGGAAAAUGAAUGAGUAGCAUACUACAGUGUCCCACAAAUGAAAUUAUGACAUACCUUUUACUGUGUUAAAAGUAUUCAUUUAUCUGAUAAAUGUACACUAUAAGUGUGCUUGUUUUUGUCCUCAAGUUAAAGAUAAAAACCUAGUCCAAACCUAUUUUAUUAAUAAACUUUGACUCUUGCAUUGCUUAA